CUGAGUUCUCCUUAGGGGUUGUUCAUAUGAGCCCAGGGUUUAUUUAUACGUUCUCAGUGAUAAAUGUUUCUCUCUAGGUUCGAGAGAAAAUGUUGUAUGCUGCUACAAGAGCAACUCUCAAGAGUACCUUUGGUGGAGGACAUAUUAAAGACGAACUCUUUGCAACACAUCAGGUAAACAAUGUAAAAAUUAUACCUUUAAUUAUAUCUGUAAUUUAUAUACCUUUUCGAGAGACUUAUAGUUAGUAUAUGCAAGUAUUUUCCUUAGUUUACAUCAUGAUGUUAAAUUACAACAGGCGGAUGCAAGCUAUCAAGGAUACUUGAAACAUCUGGAACAUCUCGAGGCUCCUCCACCAUUGACUGAUGCUGAACAUGAAUUACAGCAGGUUAAAAAAUCUGAGGUAUAUACCUAGAAAAAUAUAUACGCGUUUCACUUUUGUGACCGAAAUUCAAGUCAUGCAAAUUAUGAAGCAGUCCUUGAUGGACAACUUGCAUGUUAGGCUAAAUUUUAAUCUGAGUAAAGAGAAGGGAAUAAAACACAACAGUUAAAAAGAAAAUAAUGAAAUUAGUAAAAUUGCAAAAUUUGGUUGCGAAAUGUUGUAACAUGCAGAAAAUAAAGCUUUGCGAAGUUUGCAUAUUUUCAAUAUAUUUGUAUUACGUGCGGAAAUUGUUACCAUUUUCAGCUCAAAAAUGGUAACAAUUUCCGCACGUAAUACAAACAUACUGAAAAUAUGCAAACUUCGCAAGGCUAUGUUUUUUACAACAUUUCGCAAACAAAUUUUGCAAUUUUACUGAUUUUAAUAAGUUCUUUACGGGAAUUUACUUUUUUUGCCUAAAUCGAAAAUUAGACUAACAUGCAAGUUGUCUAUUUUAUAGUGGACCUCCAGGGAGAACAGUUUACAAUUGAUAGAGCUAUCCAGUGUAGAUAAAGUUAGUUUAGUUUAGGUUUCCUCCUGUAGUAACACUGGAUCAAUAAGAGAUAAUCCUUACAGGAUCUCUAGGAAGAACAGUUUAGAACUGAUAGAGCUAUCCAGUGUAGAUAAAAUUAGUUUAAUUUAGGUUUCCUCCUGUAGUAACACUGGAUCAAUAAGAGAUGAUCCUUACAGGAUCUCUAGGAAGAACAGUUUAGAACUGACAGAGCUAUCCAGUUUAAUUUAGGUUUCCUCCUGUAGAAACACUGGAUCAAUAAGAGAUGAUCCUUACAGGAUCUCUAGGAAGAACAGUUUAGAACUGAUAGAGCUAUCCAGUAUAAAUAAAGAUAGUUUAGUUCAGGUUUCCUCCUGUAGUAACAUUGGAUCAAUAAGAGAUGACCCUUACUGGACAUCUAGGGAGAACAGUUUAGAACUGAUAGAGUUAUCCAGUAUAAAUAAAGUUAGUUUAGUUUAGGUUUCCUCCUGUAGUAACACUGGGUCAAUAAGAGAUGAUCCUUACUGGACCUCUAGGAAGAACAGUUUAGAACUGAUAGAGCUAUCCAGUAUAAAUAAAGUUAGUUUAAUUUAGGUUUCCUCCUGUAGUAACACUGGAUCAAUAAGAGAUGUUUCUUACUGCACCUACUAGAACUAACCUCAUAGAACUAACCAGUGUAAAUAAACUUACAGUACAUACUGUAGUUUGUGUUUCCUCCUGUAGUAACACUGAACAAAUAAAGAAUAGGCCUUGCUGGACCUCUAGGGAGAACAGCUUAGAACUGUUCAAGUUUUUAUAAAGUGCAAACGUUUAGUUUCUGUAGUCGAUGGUUUGUGUUUUGUUUAUUUCAGAGCCGAAGCGACAUUGGUAUCCACACACGACACAGCAACUUGCCCGGUGUUAACUUUCCAAUUUCCGAGGAAGCCUUGCAAAAACUUGAGAAGCUUCGUGACAAGCAACUCACCUUUGUACAACUGGUAGGUCUUUGUUCACGUUUUGACCAUAUGUAUCAGUAAAUUAUCAUAAUAUUGUUUUAAAUAAUUUUUGUUUUUCCAGAGUGUGGAUACAGAAGCUGAGCAAAUCGAGUUACGUUUUGCAGGCGACUGUUCUGUGGAGGAAAUUGCUGACAAGACUCCUGAAGAUCAUCCAUGUUAUAGUUUCUUCUUGUUUAAACAUACACAUGAAGGCGAUUAUUUAGAGUCUAUUGGUAAGUGAUAAAAUGAACCUCUACGAAGAACAGUUUAGAACUGAUAGAGCUAUCCAAUAUAAAUAAAGUUAGUUUAGUUUAGGUUUCCUCCUGUAGCAACAUUGGAUCAAUAAGAGAUGACCCGUACUGUACCUCUAGUGAGAGCAGUUUAGAAUUGAUAGAGCUAUCCAGUAUAAAUAAAGUUAGUUUAGUUUAGGUUUCCUCCUGUAGUAACACUGGAUCAGUAAGAGAUGAUCCUUACUGGACCUCUAGGAAGAACAGUUUAGAACUGAUACAACUGUCCAGUAUAAAUAAAGCUAGUUUUGUUUAGAUUUCCUCCUGUAGUAACACUGGAUCAAUAAGAGAUGACCCUUACUGGAUCUCUAGGGUGAACAGUUUAGAACUGAUAGAGUUAUCCAGUAUAAACAAAGUUAGUUUAGUUUAGGUUUCCUCCUGUAGUAACGAUGGAUCAAUAAGAGAGAAUCCUUACUGGACCUCUAGAAACAACAGUUUAGAACUGUAGAGCUGUUAUUACUACACUUAUUUCAUCAAUAGAUUUAUUCCUAUAUUUUUCCCAUUUCUCUCAGUUUUCAUCUACAGUAUGCCGGGUUAUAAAUGCUCUGUCAAAGAGCGCAUGUUAUAUUCGACAUGUAAGGCACCAUUAUUGGCAGGUCUCGAGGAGGAAUUAAAGUUAGAAAUUCCGAAAAAGGUAACUAAAGCCAAAGUUUGUAAAUUGAUAACAUUUUAAUUCUCUACUGUAUGUUUCGAGCAAUCCAUCCCAUAAUCGUUUCUUAUUUCGUAGAUUGAAAUUGAGAAUACAGAAGAAAUAACAGAAGAGUUCCUUCUUGAUCAACUUCAUCCAAAGAAGAUACUGCAUCAACCCAGAUUUGCGAAGCCGAAGAGACCACAGGCUAGGGGUGCGAGAAGACUUCUUCAGAAUAAAGAUGAAAAUAGCGAAAACUGAAUAAAGCAGGCCAGAAUCUCACAUUUUAAAUAAAUGAUUAUACUAGAGAAUAAAAUCGAUUGAUUGUAGGUGUGUUUCAGAAAGUAUAUAUAGAACAUGGCAGUCAAGUGUAAAGGGAAUGAUAGUUAUCGGAAUGGCUAGAGCCGUUUGACAAGGAUAACAUAUUACCGCGCUUUUACACCCGACAUUGAUGGACAUUGCCCAACAAAUACAACAUUUUUUCUUGCAUCGUUAAUUGCCCAAAAUUUCUUGACGAAGUAGAAUUGCUCGAUUUUUAAGUAGAGUCUGCCCGACUAAAAAUUAUACGGGGCUGUCUGUGUCUGUUUUUAUAUGAAAAACUUAUAAUUAUCAUUUGCUUUAUGAUUGUAAUGAAAUCAUUUAUUUAAAAUGUGAAUUCAGAAUGAAAAUUUUUGUUACCGAAUGUUUAUCAAUAAUGUGUAGCAUUAUAAUCAAUAUUACUAUAUCUUUGCUAUUAUUUAUCGAAAUUACCUGAAAUAUUUUCGAUUGUGUGAAUUGCCUGACCACAAAAACAUUUUAAAUAAUGAUUCUUGCUUUAUUUCGUAACUACAGGACAUUUUAAACAUUUCUCAAAUUGACAUAUAAUAAACAAUUGUACAUCGACGCAUUUAGACUAGUCUGGCUUUGUAUGAACAUUGCUAUUUUUUAUAAAUAAUUGUAUUGAUUCAAAUUUUAUUAAAAUGUACAACAAUAUUACUUUUAUUAAACUGAGUGCAUUCUAUGAGAAGAUCUGAGAAAAUCAGCCAUAUUGUUUUGAAACGUGUCUUCUUGGGAUUUAAUUGCUGUAAUGUUAUCAGGAUCAAUAGGAGAAUGAAUUCACCAAUAUGGGGCAAUCGGGGAAUUAUUAUUAAUACGUAAUAUUAAUCAUGUGUACGAGAAUCAGGGACUUAGCCUUUCUUACGCCAUUUUUGGGGGUACUGUCUGCAGGCCCGCCGAGAGGGGGGGGGAGCAAAUUACCCCAGGGCCCCAGAACCUG